UUUGGGCGAAUAUAAAAAGUCGAAAUUUCAAACUUAAAGCAUCAUUCGGCAAAGUUCUCCAACAUAUACACAAAAAUGAAGUCUUUAUUGAUCCUUGUAAUUUGCUUGGGAGUUGUUUCUUGUGGGAACUUACAUGGUUUAUUGGAACCACCGGUAUCAAGUGGAGGAUAUAGUACGGGUUACGCAACGGGAGGUUUUUCAGCUUCAGCUGCUUCAUCCGGUCAUUCAGAAUACAACACUAUUGAGUAUUCCUCAAAUGAGGCAUCGCAUGGAAUUAGCCAAGGAAUUGAUUUAACAAACGUCCAAGAAGGAGCUAGUUUUUCUCAUGGUUUUCAUGGAAAACCAGGAGUAGUACAAACUGGGACUACUGUUAAUCAUCAAACGCAAAAAGUUGCAAUUCCAGUACCACAACCAAUUAAAGUGCAUGUAAAUAGACCGGUUCCUGUUCCCGUUGCUGUACCAAGACCCGUUGAAGUACCAAGACCAGUUCCAAUUCAUGUACCACAACCUGUACCAGUUACCAUUACAAGACCAGUUCCGGUAACCAUCCCAAAACCAGUUCCUGUUCCAGUUCAACAACCUGUUUAUGUUAGAGUUCCACAACCAGUUCAAGUUCCAGUUGCUCAACCAUAUCCUGUGGUUGUUCCACAACCUUAUCCAGUUAGAAUUCAAACUCCGAUUAGUGUAGGAGUUCCUGUUUAUCAAAGUGGUGGAGUUUAUGGUGGAGGAAUUUAUAAUGGAGGAUUUUCUAGUGGAGGAGUUUAUAAUGGAGGAAUUUCUAGUGGAGGAAUUCAUUCUGGUGGAGUAACUGGAGCAUCCUCUUUAAUCGGAACUGGGGCAUCGUUUUCAGGAGUUACUAACAACUACGGCAGCGGUGCUCACUUAGGUUUGGGAGCUUAUCAAGGAUCAUUACAAGAUUGCCCAACCCCAGCGGGAUUUGAAACCCCGAUAAGUUCAGGAUUAAUUGGAAAAUACCCCACCGAUUUUUCACAUUACGGUGGUCAUUCAUUCGGAGUAGCUCCAUUAAAUAACAAUAUUAAUAGCGGAUGGGUUGGAAAGCAUCAAACUCAAAUUUACGAUAAUACAAUUAGCCAAGCUUACGAUUCAAACGGAGGAUAUAAAUAUUAACCACUUCAAGUGCUUAUUUAGUUGUUUAUAGAUGAAAUAUUAUCUUUCAAAAUAGGUUAAAAUUAAGAUUUGUUUUCUAGUCGUAAAUGUUAUCGUAGAAAAUAAAGAUUUU